AUGCCGUCACGAUUAAACACACCUGUCCUAACUGUGGACCCGGCGAAGAUCCAUGAGGUUGAUACUAGAAGUGCUGAGAGUCUCCAUGGCAUGUGGAUGGUCUUCUCCCGAUGUGCUGACUACAUGGAAGAAGGACGACGGUUAGAGAACCUCAGCUGGAGAUUAUGGAACCUGGAAACCUUUUGCACCUCUCCCCAAGCUAAACUCCGCCAGCGCAGAAUCGGCAGAUUCCGAUGUGACUCCAAGGACAUCCCGGAGCUGUCGACCAGCGUGGAUUCAGCCGCCUCCGACGAAGCCGAACGCAUCGAGACCCACGUGAAGUCGCCGCCCAAGGACAUGGAUUUCAAGCCUAGGAUCGUGGGCGAGGACCCGAUGCUCAGCAUCAGCCGCGGACGAGAGAGGCAUAUUACUUCGAUCGGCCUGGAGAAGAUGGUGUACACGAUCAAGGAGAAGAAGAGCCUGGAGCCCAUUGCCGCAUUGCCCACCCCUUCGCCCACAGAACGCUCCUCGCAGCAAGAAUCCGUCGACUUUACUCCUCGAGCCGUUUCCCCCACCCCCACUCCGAAAGCCACCGCUCCCUCCGGACCCGUCCAACCUCAUCAGUCUACAGACUCCUGCUCGACAGCCGCGCUGGAAGCAAACGACAGUGCUGCCAGCCGGAAUUGCGCUUCGGACACAAGUGUAUCGUCGACAGAUAUGGUUAAGUCGUCGAGCAUUGUUCGUGGCUUUUCUCCUUCUCACAUCUCGUCUUCUUAUCGCUCACAUACUAAACUUAACCCCGCUGUCGUUACCUCGAAGCCAAUGAACAGCGCCAAAAUGUCUCCUCUGAAGAAGAAGAAUAUGUUCACCCUAGGUGGCUCUUCUGGAGACGACAGCUCGUUCGAGGAUCGCAUGGCCAUCAAGGCAAACCGCAGCUCUUUGACUGACGGACUACACCAAGCACAGCAAACACAACAAACACAAAAUACCGUUACAUUACGAACAAAUACCAUCAAAUCCAUCAAGGAGAGCACAGACGACGAAGAUGCCAUCGAAACCGAUGACGAGGACAUCCCAGAAAGUGCCAUUGAGGAUGACGAGUCGGACUGGGAAGACUCUGUUACCGAAAGCGGUCGGUCGAGCCUUGAUGAAAAGCAACUCUUCCAGCGAGUGGAUUCUCGACCAGGUCUCGUGUCUCGGCAUUCCCUGUUGACCAUGAUGAUGCACCAACCGCAAUACACCGUUGUACCUGGAAAAGGCCGAAGUCACAACUCUCGCUCGACGCCUGCUCUCCAACAAUCUCGAAUCACCUCGCCAAAAUGCCAGUCCUCUGACGUAGAGGAGGAGGGCAGCACCCUAGUCAUGAAGGGACCCGAAGUCCCCCGAUCCAAACCGAUUGUGGUGAGAUCGGUACCGGGCCACUCGAUGGCACACUCGCCCCGCACCACUCGACGGAACAUGCUGGCCACGGAGCUGACGGAGUCGCUCAGACGGCAUCUGCUCUGGGAGCGGCAGCAGAAGACGAUCCCUGCGGUGGCGUUCAAACGCCGACAUACGGCCCAUGACAUGGCCAAUCUACAAGAAUACCCCGGCCCGCAGCCCGAAGAGCAAUCUCAGCAGCAAGUAGCACCACAGCAGCAGCAGCAACAGGCCAUUCGCGCGACCGGGUUUCCCGCGAUCCGACAACUCAAGGACAAGGAAGUGUCGAAGAACAAUUCGUGGAAUCACUACUUCGACUACGGCCCAUGGGAAUACCACGUCAAAGGCUGGUAG